AUGGAACAAUAUCAAAACCCGAAAGACUCGAUGAAGUCAACCUGGCGCCGAUGGGACAAAAGCCAAUGGACACUAUCACACAAACUCUUUGAACAUGCGAACCUUUACCAUGUUGACCUCGAUAGGGAGGUCCCGGUUCAUUCAAAGCAGGAAAAGGUACCCUAUGUCUCAGACUGGUCUCUCCACCGCUGGAUUAUCUUUCAUGCUUCUAUACCACUCAUCCUUCACCAACUCUAUGUGUACCUUACCGGCCAAAAUUUCGGUCCUAUCAUUGCGUUCGCCUUCUACUACUACACUACCAGGAUAUUCACAAGCCGAGAACUUCGAAACCUUCGCGAGAUGGGCCAUACCCAUGGGUUUUUAGAUGGCGACAAACACGAGCGGGAUGGCGUCCCCGAUGUGGGAGUUUCCAAGGUACUGACAUCGGUCAUGCUGGCAAGCGUUGUUCGCCCAAUGAUGAUGGUGUAUCUCACCUACACUGCAACUAAUGCUCCAGCGUCUAUAAGCUGGCGAUGGCUCCCAGUCGAAGUCAGUCUAUAUGGCAUCGUUCUUGAUUUUUGGUUUUACUGGUACCACCGCAUCAUGCACGAUGUAAAUGGGCUCUGGAAAUAUCACCGGACCCAUCACCUUACCAAGCACCCAAAUCCCCUCCUCACCAUAUAUGCCGACUCAGAACAAGAGUUCUUUGACAUUGCAGGUAUCCCCCUGAUGACCUAUUUUACAAUGAAGAUCAUGGGGUUCCCAAUGGGGUUCUAUGAAUGGCAUGUGUGUCAGCUCUAUGUGCUAUUCGCAGAACUAGCCGGACACAGCGGUCUUCGUCUUCAUGCAUCACCACCAAAUCCAUUGACCUGGCUCAUGCGCAUCUUCGACGCGGAAUUGGUUAUUGAAGAUCAUGACCUUCAUCAUCGAAAAGGUUGGAGGAAGAGUCACAAUUAUGGAAAACAAACACGAGUUUGGGACCGUGUGUUUGGUACUUGCUGCGACCGGAUUGAAGGAGUAGAUGCCAACAUCGACUACAAGAACACAGUCGCAAUGAGCAUUUUCUAG